AUGUCUCGAUUCGGGUACUCAACGCCAAUUCCCACGCCCACGGACAGCUGGUCAUCAUACUUCGACUCGUGGAAGACCGAGGACCGUGAGAUACCAGUCUGGGAACCGUUGAUACUGGACCAGUACGACGAAUUGCAUCCGCAGACUCUGCAGGUCAAGUUCAACGCCGACCUGAACUUUGAUCUGGACUGGGGAAUGGACUAUCUGCAGGACGGUUGCUCGCCGCUCCCACUACCGCCGUCGCUUGCGACCGGGAAAUUGAACGACGCACAUCAGGCUCAUCCACGACAGGGGCCGCUGCAAGGCCAGAACAAUAAUAUUGACUGUCGCUCCAGAGCGUGUCGAGUAUCUUGUCGGUCUGAUGACGUCGAUAUGGGGUUCGAGAGGGUCAUGGCCAUUGACGGGGACGGGAACGGCAUGCCAGUGAGGACGUGGACGAAGCUGCGGCAUCAAAGACAGGCGCCGAGACAACAACCACUUGAACAGCCGACAAAAACACGCACACAGUUCAUGGGCGCCAGCACGGGCAUCGGCACCACCGGUACCGCCACCAGCACCGCGCCUAGUAACUUCAGCAGUCCUACAGCCGCAACGAACUUGAAGACAAGAUCCCUGCGGCGAACUCAGGCGACACGAGCACCACGAGCAACGCGACGGCUGCCGUCACCGUCAUCGCAGCCGUUGAUAGGCGACCUCGCCUGGCCACAUACCCUGGAUCUGACAACAACAGGCACCGAUCUGCCCGCUAAUCAUGACACUGUAAGUGCUGCUCUCCCCUAA